GGAGUUGUGAGAUAGAUCACUGUUUGUUGUCUUCGCCUUUAUAGGAGUUGUGAGAUUGAUCACUGUUUGUUGUCUUCGCCUUUAUAGGAGUUGUGAGAUAGAUCACUGUUUGUUGUCUUCGCCUUUAUAGGAGUUAUGAGAUUAAUCACUGUUUGUUGUCUUCGCCUUUAUAGGAGUUGUGAGAUAGAUCACUGUUUGUUGUCUUCGCCUUUAUAGGAGUUGUGAGAUAGAUCACUGUUUGUUGUCUUCGCCUUUAUAGGAGUUGUGAGAUAGAUCACUGUUUGUUGUCUUCGCCUUUAUAGGAGUUGUGAGAUAGAUCACUGUUUGUUGUCUUCGCCUUUAUAGGAGUUGUGAGAUAGAUCACUGUUUGUUGUCUUCGCCUUUCAUCCAAUGACGAUGCGUCAUUCUAGUCCAAGGCAAAACAAGUGAAGCUAUACAGAAAGUAAUAAAACAAUACACAUAGGAUCAUUGAAUUGGAAUCUAUACUACACAUGGAUACUUGCAUAUUAAUUUGACAUAUUGUACUCUUUGAAAUUGAUUCUUUAAAAGAUUGUUUUAAAAAAAAUCUAUAGAAAACUUCGAACUUCUACUAUGUUCCUGCGACUCAUGUUUUUGAAUAAACACGGUCAAUUCUUCACAGUACGCAAAGAAAUUUUCACAUAAUUCAGACUUUUUGAUUCAGUACUAGUGGUUCUUGAAAAUAGUAUGUUUUAAAUAUCCCAUUCUCCUUUCUUAAUCAUCUUUCUUUAAAUGGUAGCGUGCCCAAUCAUUUGAUAUCAUUUGAAUUCCGUCCAUACAAUAAUGUCGUAUGCUGCGUUUGGCAAAAAUUGGAUCAAAAGUUAUUGAGGGAAAAAACCCUAUAACACAUGUAUAUUUAUUCAUUUAUUUAAUGUAACUAAGAAAUGAUUAUGUCUAUUUAUCAUAUUAAUUAGUAUAUCGACAGUUGUAUUUAAAGUGAGAACCCUGUAAGUUGAAAGAACUUGUGUUCAAACCGUUUGUAUAAUAUACACUUAUACAAUAAGAUAUGUUCAAAUCAAUCAAUCAGAUAAAAUAAAAUGAAAAUGUGGAAAGUUUACACAAUGCAGAUAGGCAAACGCGGAACACCUUUUGAAUGAAAAAGGGCACACCUCUCUCUCUCUCUCUCUCUCUCUCUCUCUCUCUCUCUCUCUCUCUCUCUCUCUCUCUUAUGAAAUCCAUCGGAAUCGACCUCUUGUGACUUUUAGUAAAAAACAUCUUAAUUUUACAAAUGUCGUUGUCAGAGCCUGUUUGACAUUACAAGGUAUACAGGAUAUUGCAUUGUGCAUGUACUUUAGGAAACUUUUGGCUCCUUUUGUUGAAUGAAAUCUGUAAAAUAGAUAUACACCAGUCUUCCGUUGCUUACAGUAACGUAAUGUAUAGUAGUGCCACAAAAGAUUGCAUACAGUCACUAUCAUGUCUGUUGGAAAGAGGCCAGCAAUAUUGGAAGAAUGAAGAAAGGGGAGAUAAACAAAUUUAAUAGUAUGAGCAUUGUGUAUUCUUAAACAAAUUGCAUUUUAUACACGAAGAAAAUAAAUAAAUGCACUGGAGGUUCCCUCAAAGAAAUAACAGGGUAGGUUUCGUGCGCUAACUGUUGGUUUGUGUAUAUUUUCUGUACAAGUUGUUUACGCAGAGAAACGUAAUAUUAGAUUCGUAUGCUUGUUUGAUCGGUCAGAGGGGGUGCCUCGCAUGAUACGGAAAGCAGACACGACCAAAUGUUCCGAAUUAUAUGUGUCAUAUUUGACGUACAGUUUUCUUGCAGAAGUUUUUCAUUGUUUUGCUUUCUCAUUUGUACAUGUAGAUAUGGUUGAUGGCUUAUGACUUUAAUUUUGCAUUCAUUCAUGAAGUACCAAAAAAAAAAAAAGAAAAGUGAAAUGAGACAUAAAAUCAGCAAUUAAUUUUUUUUAUGUAAUUGUAUCGCAAUGAAACCGGACGAUGAAGCCGCAAUAUACUUGCAUUUUCGAUCAUAUUAUCGACCUUCGAAAAAGUUUACUUUCCCAGUAAUAAAAAAAAAUUAAUCUAUGUAUGUAUAUUUCCCCGAAGCUUUUGCUUGGAAUCGAUACCAGCACAUAUACAUGCAUAUGACCUAACAAUCUUACUGUCAUUAUUGAACGCACAAUGCACGUAACGAGAAUAAAACCCAUGUCAACUUUUAUCUCAUUUUCUUAAUAAUUGAGUAUACAAGUAAAUGAAGUAUUUACAUUCGUUUUUAUCGACAGGGCCGCCAACAAUCCAAGAGGUCUGCACAAUGAUUCAACUGGCACAUAGAAGCUUCUGUGUUUCCGCGCAGCUGAUUAGCUAACUCGUGUUUGGGAGGUGAAACUCGCUCCCAUUGAUUCCACACUGAAAGAGAUCUUUAACGAUUUUUUAGCAAUAUAGAUUUAAUUACAAAAACCGGGACCGUAGCUAUUAGUAUAUGUAAUGGAUGUUAAAGAACUUUAAUAAUGUAUUUUAGAUGUGAAAAUUUUUGUUAUCAUUGUUAUCGCAUUUUGUAGGAUUUAAAAGAGUGUAUCGACUGAGUGGAUUAAGCGUACUAUGAAUUUUCGUAAAGGAAAUCAUUUUUGACAAAAGAGUGGUGCGAAUAUUGUGAUGACGUCAUGGAUGUUUGGGACCUGAUAUUCCUUAUUGUGUCCUUGUGUUGGUCAUAUGACGUUCUGUCGGCAACACAUCACGAGUUCACGGAGCCCGUACAAACAGAUAAAGGGAAAAUUGUGGGCAAAAAACUACAUGUAAAGGGAUUAAACUUAGACGCUUACUACGGCAUUCCAUUUGCCAAGCCUCCUGUUGGAAAGUAUCGCUUCAAACACCCCCAGCCCCCAGACCCAUGGACGAAUAUAAAGCAGACGGUAGAACUCCCUCCAGCGUGUAUGCAAGUGUUUGACACGACUUUUCAAAACUUCACGGGAGCUGAUAUGUGGAACCCAAACACCCCAAGGAGAGAGGACUGCUUAUACCUAAACGUGUGGGUACCCAGAACGACAGAAUCUAAAAAUAAAUCUGUGAUGGUGUGGAUUUACGGUGGUUCAUUCAGUUAUGGAUCUAUAUCUUUAGACGUUUAUAAUGGGAAAUAUCUAGCCGUAGAAAAUGAUGUCAUCGUUGUAUCUAUGCAAUAUAGAAUAGGAUCGCUGGGGUUCUUUGCUGGUUCCUCUCCAGAAGCGCCCGGAAACUGUGGAUUAUAUGACCAGCUUAUGGCACUUGAUUGGGUACAAAGAAACAUACAUAAUUUCGGAGGUUCCCCUAAUGACGUGACGCUGUUUGGUGAAAGUUCUGGAGCAGCGUCCAUUGGUUUACAUCUAUUAUCCCCCCUUAGUCGCUCCAAGUUUCAACGAGCUAUUUUACAGAGUGCAGGGCCAACAGCCCCCUGGGCAACCAUUACCCGCGAGAAAGCCAUAGGGAGGGGUAAAAUACUGGCCAGAAAAUUUAAUUGUGAAAGAAAUUCAGAAUUAGAAAUGCUGGAAUGUAUGAGAAAAAUCAACGGAUCAGAAUUUCCAGAGAAUGAUUUUGUCCUGGACGCUAAUGUCCUGCAGUUCCCGUUCGUUCCGAUAAUUGAUGGAGUAUUCUUGAUCGAACAUCCUGACAUUUCAUUCAAAAAUGGGAAUUUCAAGCGUUGUCCAAUUCUUCUUGGGGCAAACACAAAUGAAGGUUCCUAUUUCCUCGUAUAUAGUACUGAAGCAUUCAAUAAAUCCCACAGCAGCCCAAUAGAGCGCGACCAAUAUCAAAUAGAAAUGAAAAUACAGUUCAGGCACUUUCCACAACAUCCAACGGAAAUAAAUAAUUUCGUUUUAGACGCAAUAAAAUUUGAAUAUACGCCAUGGUCCGACCCUUAUGACCGUUUCCUUCUUCGGGACGGUGUGGAAGCGGCUGUUGGGGAUUUUAAUUUUGCAUGUUCCACGGUCGACCUCGCCCGGGAGUACGCUUUUGCUGGUCUGAAGGUGUAUUACUAUCUAUUCAACCAUCGCUCGUCAGUGAACCCGUGGGGCAAAUGGAUGGGGGUGAUGCAUGGGGACGAAAUCAUGUUCAUGUUUGGACAGCCACUGGACAAUAAUUUUGAAUACGAGACCAAAGAAAAGAGAUUGAGCAAGAAAAUAAUGAAAUAUUGGACCAACUUUGCCAAAACUGGAAAUCCAAAUAAAGAGCCCGGGGAAACUAGAGAUGUGGACGACUGGCCAAUUCACACUUACAAAGAACGAGAGUACAUCGUUUUAGACACCAAAUUCCACGAACACAACAAGAAACCGACUGUGGAAAAGGGAUAUAAAAUUAAACAAUGUGCAUUUUGGCGAGAAUAUGUUCCUACACUUAUGCAUACAACAGGGUCUCAGGAGAAGUAGAAUUUUAAACAAGAGGCCGGGGCGCGCCUGCACAGGCAUUAUCGGUCACAACAAAUAUGGAGGAAAACCCAGAACUGAGAACAUGAUUCAGUCAUUGAAGACAAUGGCACAGAAUGAAGACGAGAAGGAACAGAUAUUUCCUGAUCUCUGUGACAAGCAUGGUGAUACGCAGGACAUGUUCUGCAUGGAUUGUCAAGAGAAGAUAUGCCUGACCUGUGGACGGAGGGAUCACACCUUCCACAGCUGGAGCAGGACAGAGAAGAUUGUUAAAUGUCUGAGAUCCGAGCUUAAAGAACAACUUGAUGUAAUAAGACACAAACGAGUCCCUCUGUUGCAAGCGGAAAUACAGAAAAUCAAGUCUUUGAAAGAGCAAAAUGAGCAGCUCAUCACCGCAAGAGAAGGGGAAAUUCUAACGCACACUGCAGAUCUCGUAGAAAAUAUACACAGGAUUUCUGAUCAACUGGUUAACAUCUGCAGAACUUUUAAAGAAGAGAAUGACAGAAAGCUGGAUAUAAAAGAAAAAGAAAUAGAAACUUAUUUAACAUGGUUUGAAUCUGGCAUACACACAUUGGAAGGAACUGAAUACAGAAACAUAUCACAACUACUCCGGCUAAAAAGAGAAGUAUUCCAUGUUCCUGAUAUUGAGGAUACUGUCACUUUACAAAAGAAUGAGUUUCAGGGAAAAAGCCAUAAUGAAAACAGGUUGAAGUCCAUGAUUGGAGAAAUAUCUUUGACGUAUGACAAUAUUACAUUUACAAAAUUAUUUCAGUCAAAAAGUGGGGAAAAUAGCGUCAAGUGGAUCUCUCCUACAUCUGCCACUCAAGCUUGGUUGAGAGAAUUCCGAUCCUCAGAUAGCAGUCUCCUAGACAUCGGAAAUAGAAAUUCCCUGGCAACCUUUGUGUUCAAACCAUCUGCUCCAAUUCCCGAAGACUUUAUAACUCUGCGCAAUGGAAUGCAUAUUUAUACAUGUCAUGUCAACCAAAGCGUUAUGACAAUGUCACCAA